CUGGAGGAGAACGUGGCCAUUUCUCCGGGGAAACACUUUCUUUUGGAACACAGUGGUUCCCUGGAUGAUCUAAGGAAAGAGAACCCAGAGGUGGAGAUUCAUUACGAUGCUGCCACUCAGCACCUGUGCUUUAAGGGAUUCCGUGCAGAUGUGUAUAAAGUAAAGUGUGACAUCCAGGAAAAGGUGUAUUCCAUGGCUCAGAAAGACGUCCCGAUUCCUUCUGAAGUCUUCAUGUUUCUGCAGCAAGUAGACAGUCAGGAAUUCUGCAAGACUCUUUUUGAAGCACAGAAGAUUCUUGCCACGUAUGAGCUGAAUGGUACAGCUCUUCUUUUGAUGGCCUGUUCUUUCAGAGCCCUGGCAGAAGCAGAGAAGAAAAUGCUUGAUGCUUUGAGUUAUAAAAUCAUUGAAGUUGAAGACAAGGAAGUAUUCAGAGGCAAUGCGUGGAAAAGGAAAAUUCACCCUUUGCAAAAAAGACACUCCUCCACUGCAAGCAUUAUGAUAAAAAAUGAAUUGACUUCAGGAACUCCGGCGGAGGUCAUCAUUGCAGGCUGUGUGAAAGAAGUAAAUGAAAUCCAUGGCCAAAUUUUUGAGUUCUUGGAGAACACCAUGAAAAUUGAAAGGCUGGUAGAAAUAGAACCAUUGUUGAUUAUGGAGUAUUUAAGGGCAGAUAAGAAUCUGUUCUGGCCAAAGAUAAGGAAGGCCAAUGUGCAGGCAAGUUUUAAGCUGGAAGACGAACCAAAAGGCAUUUUACUAACUGGCUACAAGAGUAAAGUUCUAGAGUGCAUGGACAUGGUCAGGCAAAUCCGGGAUUCAGUCUGCAUUAAAAGGUUCCAGAUUGAUAAGCCUGGUGCUAGGCAGUUCUUCCAGGACAAAGCAUCCUAUUACAAAAGCGAGAUCAAACGCCUGUAUGGAUGCAUCAUUGAGCUCCAGGAGGGAGCAGAGAAGGACAAAGGCAGCCUUAAAGAGCAGAAGUGCCUCUUACAGAAGGACAUAGCCCCUGGAGUCACGCUGAUUGUACAGCAGGGAGACCUGGCUCGGUUUCCUGCUGAUGCAUUUUCAGAUGAAUUUGACAAAAGGAGUCAUGGAAAUCCAAGUGACACCCAAGGUAGAGUAAAGUGUUUAAGUUGA